CUUGAUUUCAUGUGUGAUUGUGAGAAUGUCUGUGUACGUAGAAAGGGAUCACCAACCAACCAACUCAAGGCUAUACAGCUUUAACUGCGCAAAAUAAAAAAAAAAAAGAUGCCAUUUGAGGUUUCAAAGAUUGCAUGACAGUAAGGGUAGGUAACACAUUUUUUUAUUGCUAACAACACUAACUGCUGUCUGUCUUUGAAUACAAAACUCCAAAAUCUUUAUUAAUUUGUCUUCAUUUGUUGCACCCUUCAAAAUUUGAGUCCCUCUCUGCUUUAUUAUAUCCGAUCAAAAUCCCCUCCAUUUUUCUUCUGGUUCUUUUCCCCUUAACCUCAUCCACUGCUAUUAUCUUCCUCACUUCUGAACUCAAAACUCAAAAGGCAUGUUUUGCUUACAACCAAAUUUAGCCCAAAAGUCACAAAAUUGACCAAUUUUCAAGUUUCAAUAUGUCUUCUAUUAUGUCAAAACAACUUGGAGAAUUUCUCCAAGAACAACAAGAACCCUUCAUCUUAGAGGUUUAUCUUCUUGAAAGAGGUUAUUCCAAGAGGAAAUUAUCUGCAGAGUACAAUGUCGGGGCAAUUUUGAAAAGGUCGGUGAGCUCUGGUCUGAAGAGAAACAGAACAUUCAUCCCGAAUUGUUCGAGGUUGGUCAGAGGUUUAUUCAGCAAACUUCUGAAUUCUGUUGGUGAUAAUAACAAUACUCAUAAAACCAACAAUGCAACUGAUGGAAAAAGAGAGAAGAAAAGCUUUAGCAUCUCAAGCAGAAGCAGUAAAGAAACUGCUGAUGAUGAUAUAUACUCCUCUGCAAGCAGUGCAACCAUCUUCAACUCUUGCUCAGAGAGUGAUGCAGAGGAUGCUUAUUAUUACUCAUCAAGAAAGGAUUCCACAUUGGAAACUGCAGAUUAUUACAAAUCCUCUGAAAUUGAGGUUGGUGGAGACGAGAUGUUAAGGUGGAACAAUAUUAAGCUUAGCCCAGUUUCAGUUUUAGAUACAGAAUCCAGCCAUGCAUCGCCAUUUCUUCAUAAAAGUAUGUAUCUUUUCCGCAGUUUUUACAUGAAAUAUCACAUCUUUCUCUGUUCUUGUUUAAACUCAAAUUUUUAUUUAUUUUUUUUUGGAACUUGGGCAGAAAAUGAUGAUUCCAGGAGAAGGAAAUUUCAAUACUCUGCUUUAAUUAACGCAUACAACAAAACAGAGAAGCUAUAUUAUUACUGGAGGUCAGAUGCUUCAUCUUCAUCAUCACAAUACUCACGAAACAAGAAAACACUGAAACAAACCGAAAAGCUACUGGUUGACUGCGUCAGGGAAGUUGUGGAGAGGGUGAAAAGGGAUUCCGGGCCGGACCUACGGAGCCCACAAAUCCUGGGAUCGGAUCAAAUAUGGGAGCUCAUUUGCCAAGACUUAUCUUUAUGGAGCAAAGAGCCCAUUAAUGAAACCAACUCAAGCCGUUUAGUACACUCCCAAGUGGUAGUUUCAGCUCCAGAAUGGAGUAGUAAAUUCGAGCAGGAUAAGGAAGAUGUAGGAAUGCAAAUUGCUGAUGCAAUUUUAGAUGAUAUAAUUAGAACAGAAAUCAUCAAAGAGAUGAUUAGUCUUCAAUGAAUCUUUGUAUAUACUCAAAAGGGUUGGUUUGAUCAUGGACACUGAUCAUCAAAUUUUCCGCC